UGGUGCGAAAAGAAAGUCAAUUUUCAAUUUGGAAAAACUCUGCACAAAAUAAAGUAUUUUUGAGCUUCUCACCAAAUAUAAAUACAAAUAAAUGUGAUAACUUUCGCGUUAUGACACAGAUUUUACAAGGGAUUGGGCUUUUGCUGCCUUAUUUAUCCCUUUUGUUUGUCGGACUCCUCAGCAUCGUAAAAACGUAUUAUUUCAUCCGACGAAAGUUCCCCAUAACAGUCAACUGUUGGUUUUGCAACAAGUACCAAAAGUUGCCUUACGAUUCGCGAAAUUCGUUCGUUUGUUCGGAUUGCAAGCAGUACAAUGGAUUCACCAAGGAUGGGGACUACAAUCAACCCAUUCCCGAGAUGUAUUACAGCAAACUGAAUCCCCUGACGAAUUGUGUCUUCAGCGAGGAAAAUGUCUACGCGCUGAAGAAAACAAACGGGCUGUGCUAUAAUUGUAACAGGAAUCAGGAGCUGAAAAUUUUGCAAUUGGCUUCAUUUGUGCCUGACAAUGAGGAAAACUACGAAGAAGAAGUUGAACAGUAUCGACAGACGUUGGAAAAGUCCUAUCGGUUGUGUGCUCAAUGCGAGCGAGUUGUGAACAGGUCAUUGAAUCAGGUAAAACGACACAUUUUUGGAUCAAAAAUGUCGAAAAUCAGCGAGAAAUUGCAAAACAUUAAAAACAAUGCGAUGCCAGCUGCAAAAAAGAUUCGUUUAAUCAAAAUAAUCGUGAAUACGAUUUUUGUCGUUACAAUUAUAAACUUUUUUAUGGCAUUAAAUGAAGUAAGUGUCGCUGUCGAGGAUUUAAUUAACACUUUUGGAACAGAUAUUGCAGAAAAAAUGCUCGUUGUCAUAUCGUACGUUUUGGCAAUGAAAUCUUUAGUACUUGAAAUUUUCGCACAAGCACUGAACAAUCCCAUUUUGCAAGGAGCUUUCCUUUAUAUCACAACAGGUCUUGGAUUUUUUAAAAGAGUGACCGGAGAGAUUGAUUUGACCCCAUUUUCGACGUUGGACGUCAAAGAAUUUAUAAAUAUUUCAACGAUGCUCGGAACACUCAUGCUCAUCAUCUUGUGCAACAAACAAAAUUUGGGUAAUCAACUCGCCUUGCUAUUCUUUUGCAGUUUGAAGACCUUGUUAGACAACCACGAGAAAUUGGUAGAUCCAAUUGAGACGGAAAAUCUGCGGAGAUUAGAUGUGAUUUGUGUUUUCAUGACACUCGUUAUGGCUUACCGGUGUUUGGAUCAGUCCAAUUUGACAUUUAAACAUUGUGACGAUUUGAAUAAGAGCUUCCACAAAAUAUGUCCCGAAAUGGACGAAGAAGAGUCGGAGCAAGAAGAACUGGAUGACACGACAUACAGUGACUCUUGUAGUAAACUACUGAAUAGUACCUUAAAGUCACAUGCCAAUUUUGAGUACAUCAAUAAUAAUGGCUCCUUUUACCAAGAACCAAAUCACUUUAAUAGCUAUAGUCGAACUCCGUCUGUUCUUUCAACUUCCUUCAAGUCACCCUCCGAAUUGAACUGUUCCCGCAUGUCCUCAAAGCAACAAGAACUAGAUAAUGUAGGUAAAUUAACGCAAUUGAAUAUCACACAACAAAGUCUCAAUAGAUCUGCACGGCCAUUCUCAGCAACGAUGGAAAAUCCUUUUUACAAUCACAUUAACCUGGACAGACAAACACCUGCAAGUGUCGCUAGUUAUCGGGCACGCGCGAUAAUUUCGCCACCUAAAUUGACUCGGGACCCAGUGCAUCACGGGGAAGCAUCAUGGGUCGCCGGAGGCUUUUGGACUACAUCACCGAAAAAAUCACAAGUACCUGCAAAUACAGACUUUAUGCCAAUUAUGUCUCGAACAUCCUCUCAAAGUAGUGGGUUUGAGUCGCAAGCUGGCAUCGGAUCACGCGAAAAUUCCGUAGAAAAAUGUACAAACUCUACACUGACGAGUAAUUUGGGCAUUCGUCCGAUUCGACCGAAUCCAGUGUAUGCUGGAACAGAAAAUCAAAGAUUAUCUACGUCUUUCACCUCAAUUAGCUCACCUUAUCGCACCCCCUCAAUCAAUGAAAUGACUUUUACGAAACCAUCGUUAUCUGUGUCACGAGCAUCUCUUGCCAGUCGUCAAUCGAAUCGCAGUAUCUUUGGGGAAAAUAAUUUCAAUGAUACCAACAGUUUGUACAGCUACCGGUCGAAUGGACGUUUUGUCUCGCCAACAUCACCUAAAAAUCAAUUCAACAGUUCUCGCAGCAUUUUCAACAUGAAGAAAUUUAGGACUGACCUUCCAAACUUGUAAUUAACAAUACCUCCUUAUUUUUGAUACUCAGGACUGCCAAGCUUUGGAAAAAAUUAUUUUUUAUUAGAUAUUAAGAACAGAUGGAUUAUUAUUAUGUUUUUGUUUGUUAUUUUGAAAUAUUGUUAUUCAUUUCUGAACUAUGACAAGUCAUUAAAAAAACUGCCAAACAUGCAAAACGGAUUAGGUAUAAUAAAUUAGCGUUAUAAUUUCACAUUUUUAAUUAUAUUAAACACAAAUUCACCUGUCUUACAGAUAAUAAUUAUUAUAAUUUGAUGAAAUGCAGCUUAUACUUAAAAUUAGAUUUAGGUAAAUUAAUUA